GCUCAAAAGGCACAUUGCACCAAUCAACACCAAAAAAUGCUUUUAAUAUCAGAGCCAUCUUAAGACGGCUGAGCUAGCUGGAUGUCAUGCCUGCCUGGCUGAUUGCUCUGCUGAGUACAGAAGUAUUACUUCUAGCAGAUCCCUACCUGAGUUUCCAGGUUGAACCUGCAGAAGGUAGCCUCUCAGGGGGAACGUGGAUCACAGUUGUUUUUGAAGGUUUGGAGAAAAGUGUUCUUUACCGCAACAAUGGCUCUCAGCUGGAGAUAGACCUGGUGAAUGUGGCAGUUCCUGCCUUGCCCAGGAUCCCCUGUGACGUCUCUCCUGUCUUCAUGGAUUUGCCUGUGGUGACUUGCCAGACCAGAUCUCUGCUGUCUGAAGCUCAUGCAGGUCUGUACUCUCUGGAGAUACGUUCUGGAGAGCAAGUGCUCGGCGGCCCAUGUCCAGGGUCACUAGACGGCUGUACUUUCAAGCCCACUCCAAAGAGCCUGCUGCGGGCACUGACAAGUCUGAAGGACUCACAGAAGGUUUAUCAGGCAGCUGGCGGCUGUGACUUCUCAUUCUAAUCUGCUGUUUUUACCAUCCCUCUCUGGCCCACCUACCUUCCCAUCUUGCUGUUGCUGACCUCACUGGGCUCAAGGAUCAGCGUGUAGGAAGCCUGCUUUGGAAGCUCAUUAAUUUUUCACUGUUCUGUCUCCAGCAUGGUGGGUGACCAGAAGUCGGUUUCUCUUAGAAACAGUACUAUUUUAUGUUUUAUGAA